UUGGAAAGAUGCAGAGUGACCUAAAGGAAGUUCUGAUGAAGUCUGAGGAGAAGCUGCUGCUGUUCCUCAAUAACCUCAGAGUGCCUGAGACAAGACAAGAGAUUGAAUACCUCAGGGGCUGCCUCAUGAGCUUGAGGCCGGACAUUUUGCUGGAUCCCAUCUACAUCGGUCUCUUUGGCAGCACCGGGGCAGGGAAAACCACCUUGCUGAAUGCCAUCCUAGACAAAAAAUUCUUCUUGGCAGUGUCUGGGUCCACGGCCUGCACAUCCUGCGUGGUGCAGGUCAACGCGAGCCCAUGCAGACAGCACGAGGCAAAAAUCCACCUCCUGACAGACACGGAGUGGAAGGACGAGCUGAAAAAUCUGGUGGCACUGGCAGCCGUGGAUGAGGGCGAGGAGGAGGAGGAGGAGGAGGAUGACGAAGUGCGCCAGGACGCGGUUUCAAAGAUCUCAGCGAUCUAUGGGGAAGGAGCUGUAAGGAAGGGUUAUGAAGAACUGUGUAAGAAGGACCCCGUGGUCAAUAUUCCUCCUUCAAGAUGUAUCACCCUCAAGGAGAAGGACAGAAAAAAACAAGUCUGGCCUCUAAUCAAAAACGUGGAAGUGACUGUGCCAGAGCUGCAAGGGCUUCCAGAAGGUGUCGUCUUCGUGGAUAUUCCAGGGAUGGGCGAUUCCAACAGCAAGAGGGAUGCCAUGUGGAAAGAGAACAUCAACAAAUGCUCUGUCAUUUGGGUGGUCAGCUCCAUGGAGCGUAUUCUGGGAGACAAAAACCAUGUAACAGUGCUGAAGGAAGGCAUGAAGGCUUUCCAGCGUGGGAUGUGCAAGGACAUCUCCUUGGUGGUCACAAAGGCUGAUUGCAUGAACCUCCCUGAAUACCAGAGGUAAAGAACCAAGCUGGCCCCACUUGGGCUGUGCUGGCCCAAAGAGGCCAUCCUGGAAAGGAAUGAACACGUGAAGCAGGAGAAGAGUAAAAUAAUGAAGGCAAACCUAGAGAAAAAGCUCCCGAGUGACUCCCAGGUUCUGAAGAAGAGAGACCUCGUGUACACGACCAGUGCCUGGGAGUACUGGGACGGGAAGAUGCUCAGCAGGGAGGACACAGAGAUCCCAAAGCUGAGGGGCUACAUCCAGACGUUCUACAUAGCGCAGAAGAGGAACAAGCUGAAGAAUUGUGCAUCGGAUGCUUUGGCCAUUUUGUCACUGAUUCAGAGUCUUCGAUCCAACCCAGAUGCACAGGAUGUGAACAGAAGUUACUGGAACAACUUUCUGGAGAAGAUCUUUGGGGAAUUGAGGAAAGAUAUUGAGAAAUGCUUUGCACCUAUCAACCAGCCACUCAAUGAAGGUUUAAAUCGAGUGAAGAGGGUGUAUAACAAAACUGUCAACAAGAUCCUCACUCGAGCCCAGGGCUACAAGGGUUACCACAGGACACUGAAAGCUGUGUGCCAGAGGAACGGGCUCUACGUGUCCCGAGCCUUUGGCCGCAUUGAUGUCAACACCUCCCUGGCUCAGCCCAUCUACGAAAACAUCGACCUGAGUUUUGGAAUCAUCUUCAGCGUCCAGAUGGAUGAUGGCUGCACACUGAAAGAUUGCCUCAAAAAAUUCGAAGAAGCCAUGAAGAAGGAACUGCAGAAAGCAUUGCAGGAGAACCUGCUGGCUGACGAAGGAGACAAGCUCAGGUUCCUUGAGCAGGAGACAAACUUCAUCAUCAGGGAGACCGAAAAAGUCAUCCUGGAGAGGAAAGCAGAGAUCUACAGCUCCCUCACCACGUCCAUUGAGAAUGACCUGCUGCAGUACUACAGAGGCUGCCAGGCAAAGUGGAAAGGGAGCCUGCACCAGCCAACAGAGGCUGCCAGGCAAAGUGGAAUCCAAGCUUACAUCAAGAUGAAGAACAUCCUCAGCGAGGGCAUAAAGAAAGAAGUGGAAAAUGGAAUGUUUGAAAAAGCUCAGAAGAAAAUGAGACAGCACUUCCAGGCCCUGAAGGCGGAGAUCAUGGAGAAGAUGAAGAGGGACUUCUCUGCCAUGCUCAGCCUGGUCUUCUGCCCAGGACACCCAGUUUUCCAGGAGCUGCCAGACGUGCAGGAUGAGAUCUCCUCCAUCCUCAGCAUCCUGGGGCAGCUGCAGCCCGGCAGCGACGCUCCGAGUGCCGCGGGGCUGGGCUCGGAGGCCUCGCCCUGA